AUGUCUACCUUAGAAAGCUCCCCACUGCUCAACCGUGCUUAUCAGAAGCACUACGACCCCAGUAGCCCAAUCCUCCAUGAAGCAGAAUCCACAAUGGUCAAUUCUGCUUCCGGUUUCUCAACAGCAAGCUCAAAAACCCAGGCCUUUGGCAUUCAGCGUGAGUCCGCGCCCCGAAACUGGGUACCCGAUCCCGAGUCCCGGGACGAGGAAGGCCGUGCGCGCACCCUCAUCAUGUGCUUCGAUGGUACUGGAGACCAGUUCGACGACGACAACUCGAACGUUGUCCAAUUUCUUUCCUGCUUAAAGAAAGACAACCAAGCGCAACAGCUCAUCUACUAUCAGGCCGGCAUCGGUACCUAUACAAACUCUGCGUUUGUAACACCCGUUACGAACAAGGCCAGUAAGAUAUUGGAUGAGAUGGUUGCCUGGAAUCUCUCCACCCACGUUCAAGAGGGCUAUCAAUAUUUAAUGCAAAACUACAGAGCCGGUGAUAAGGUCUGCAUUUUCGGCUUCUCCCGCGGCGCAUACACUGCCCGUGCUCUCGCUGGAAUGGUACAAAAGGUUGGAUUGUUGCCACCAUACAACCAUGCUCAAAUACCCUUUGCCUGGGCUAUGUAUACCAGAGAAGACAAAGACGGCCUCAUCAACAGCAUAGGUUUUAAGAAAACCUUCUCAACGGACGUUGACAUCGAUUUUCUCGGUGUAUGGGAUACUGUCGCGUCCGUCGGUAUCGUCGGCAAAGAACUGCCCUUCGUCGGCACGAACAGCUCUAUUCGUGUUUUCCGUCACGCACUAUCUUUGGACGAGCAUCGCGUGAAAUUCAUGCCGAACUUCUACCAUCAUUCACCGGAUUCCGACCCCAAAUCAGCUGAGACUGCUGGCUCAGAAGCAAUAACCGCUGUUCCGAAGACAUUCUCAUCUCCUGACCAGGGUGCCGUCAAAGUCAAUAAACCAAAAGCGAAGAAAAUGGGGAAACACCGUUCAGAAAGUGAGAUGUUCGAGGCUACCGUUAAUGCACAGAGUGGUGUCGAUACCGAUGUGCUCGAAGUCUUCUUUGCGGGAUGCCACUGUGACAUCGGUGGCGGCUCCGUGAAGAACGGGACUCGGAACUCGUUAGCCCGCAUCCCGCUGCGGUGGAUGAUUCGUGAAUGUUUCCGUGCUGAAACAGGCAUUAUCUUCGACAAAGACAUGCUAAAAAGGAACAUCGGUAUUGAUGCUGAUAUGCUUUAUCCUAUUGUUCGGCAACGUCCAGCACGUAUUCCCGCUCCUUCCAAUGCGGUUAUUGCUCCAAGGGACCCCCAGCCGUCUGCAUUCUUGGAGUUUUUCAAAGUUAUUGGCGGGUUGAUUGCCAUUCCUUUGACAAUCAUCGCUCGUAUUAUCGCCUUCCCCAUUAAACACUUUAUGCUGCUACUAAAGUUCACGAGGGCAGGGAAGUGGGUACGGAAUACGAUUAAGAGUGGCUGGUCGGCUAUUACGGGAUUAUUCAAGAAGGCUGCCGAAGAAAUCAAGCCGGAUGCCCCUGCUUCUCAGGACAACUCAAAGCAGUUUGUAUCUGAAGAGGAAGAAGAACUUGGCGACGCGUUGCAACCUGAUUACGACCAGCUUUCACUCGCAUGGUUCUGGUGGAUCCUAGAACUCAUACCCUUCCGGUUCCGAGAACAGAAGGGCAAGCGUGACGACUACUUCGUGCGCGCGAACUUUGGUCAGGGGAGGAAGGUUUACGGUGACGCGAAGAAGAAUGGGAUCAAGGUACAUAGGAGCGUGAAGACCCGUCUUGAGGUUGUUGAUAAAAGAGGGAAGAGUGUUUACAAGCCGAGGGCGUGGUGGAAACAUCACCCUGCGCCAGACAAGAAGGGGAAAAAGGUCGCUGGACCGGAGGUUUGGAAUAUUGACAACCCUGAUCGAUGGGAGUGGGUUGACUGAUUGACUGACUGGCCGAGCAACUUGCUUGCUCGUCAUUGUGGACGCUGUGGUUGUACGAUUACGAGAUUGUGUGUGUGUGCCUGCACUGACUUUGUUACCUACACUUGGGAAACCCCAUGCCUCGCCUGGGUCUCACCCGUUAAUUAUGUUCAUUGUAGUUAUAAUUACAAACUUUUUAUCCUUACUAUGGGAAACCUCCCCUCCCCCACCCCUAAAGUUAGCUAGCACUUUCG